AUGUUGCUUCAGAGAGUGCUUUUGUUGUUGCUCCUCUCGAGAUGGCGAUGUCUAGCUGAAACAUAUUGCGAUGGGAUAGGUUGCGUGGACAAACAAUCUGUGGAAAACGAUGCUAAACCGAGGAGUAACAUCGAACCUUCGUUUGAAAUGAUCGGGGGACGCCCUGCAGAAUAUACGUCUUACCCUUACAUCGUAAGCAUCCAAGAGAAAGCUACGGAAAAGCUCAUCUGCAACGGUAUCAUCAUCAGCGCGUCGAAGGUGAUGACCGGGUGUCACUGCGUGGCCUUCGUCCAGCCGAUCCGCAAUUCCUACACUCAACCGAUAACGGGCAACAGGCGAGGUAUGAUAGUCGUUGCCGGAGCGAGGACGUUGUUCAAAGCCAACAUGAAAACCAAAGACACCCAAUUGACACAGUAUCGUUUCCUUUCUAAGAUCGACGUCCAUCCGAAGUGCUCCUUCGGUCAGGGUAUUUGGAAAUACGAUUUCUCCAUAAUAACGGUAAGAGGUGUUUUCAAUUUCAAUCGGUACGUCGGUCUAGCCCCGAUUGACACCGCUCAAAACAGUGAGGUAUGGGCGGGCAAAAUUGGCGAGAUCAUCGCUCAGGGAAAGAAAUGCAAGGCUGUCGGCUUUGGCAGGGCCAAAAAACAUCAAGAACCCGCACUCUUGGAAAUCGACAUGAUCUUAAGCGAUAACGGCUGCAGGGACAGAAAAUGCUGGUAUAGGACUCGCCCGUGCAAGCAAGCUUUGGAGAAAGGAGUGUGCGGAUACGUCGACGAUCAGAACAAACCGGAGUUGUGCACUGGGGAUGCAGCAGCAGCGCUCAUCUGCGACAACAAAGUCCUAGCCCUGUUGACUAAAGGGCCUUGGUGCAACCAAAAUUCUUUUAUUCCAUCCCUCUUUACCAGAUUAGACAUGGGGCUAGAUUUUUACAAUGGCAUAGAAAAAGCUUAA